AUUUUGUUUACCACGCCACACGUUCUUUAUUUGGAGUGCCGACAACAGAACUACUGAACGAAAAAGCAACAUUUGUCAUUCUUUUCGAAAUCUUUUAAAAAUUAUGUAUAUUUGUGCCCAACAAUGGAUGUUCCAAUAAUUUGGAUGAUUGGUGGACCGGGCAGCGGCAAAGGAACACAGUCUAGUAAAAUAGCAAAAAAGUAUGGAUUCACGCAUAUUGAUCCCGUCGCAUUGUUUACAAAUUUAUGCUUUACACAGAUUGUAGGACAAACGGCUGUUGGUCAAAAAUUUGAAAAAUUACUAACUGACGGAAAUUCAGUACCGUUGUCAGAAAUUGUACCCCUGAUCAAGCAUGAAAUGAAUAGCAAUCGUGAUGGACUCAAGGGAUUCGUCAUUGAUGGAUACCCUGUCGAUAUGGAGGAGGCAAAAGUAUUAGAGGAUGGGUUCGGAUUGCCCAGUAUGAUCAUUGCGUUGGAGUUGGAAGAGCAAAUGGAAAGUCGUAGUAGUUUUAUUUCAUAUGGCCCUGCAGCUCGCCCUAGUUUAACUUCGUAUAUUGAUACAUCGAAAGACGUGAUGGAUAAUUACGCAGAAAUCACUCUGAAAAUUGAUGCCAAUCAAACACCAGAAAGUGUUUUUGAGGAAAUACAAAUGGGUAUAGAUGCGUGGGUCAACAGCAAUGGCCAGAUAGUGUUCGCCCAAUAGACAAACGUUUUCUUUAACCUGUAACAGGUGUUCAAAAAAAGACAAUAAUUUAUAACUCCA